GGACUCGCUUCUCUUUUUGAUUGGCAGCGCAUUCAUCCAAUAAGGUGCUGUUGGAUCCUUAACUGAGCAAAUAGCUGGUAAUGCGUAAUGCGAAGGCGGGGCAUAUUGUUUUCGCCAUAGGACGUUGUAGCUGUAAGGGUUUUUAAGAAGCAUUAAUCCUGUUGUUAUUGUUUAAAAUAACACACCAAAACAAUGAUUUACAAUCACAUCAGCUUUAUUUGUGUCAUUUCCUGACUGUUUUGAUGGAUGUUUAUUAAUGGAGCACACCUGACCGUGAGAGUUUCUACAUCAAUCAAGCAGCCAGACAAUCAGCGUGAACCGAAGGCGAGCUACCAGCUGGCCGUUAUUACACUACGCGCGUGCAAGUUUACGCACGCGGCUCGCGUUGACGCGCGCGCGCACCCCUGUCAUCUGUCAUCUGGCAGCGCAGAGUAAGGUGUGUCGUGUUCGAUCAGAGGCUCUGUGCAGAUGGGGCUAAUGAGGAUCUGAGUGUUUUUAUGGGCGUUUCUCUUCAGACCGAGCCAGUGGGACGUCUCUCCUCCGUGUCCGUGUGUAGUGGAGGAUGUCCUGUCUCUAACUUGUCCUGCUCCACUAACCUGUAGCGCAAAGUUCAAGCGGUCAUGGAGGAGUACGAGGCGCGUUCGGCCGCCAGCAUUCUGGCCUCGGUGAAAGAGCAGGAGGCCAGGUUCGAGCAGCUCACUCGGGCGCUCGAGGAAGAGCGACGCCACGUUUCACUGCAGCUGGAGCGUGCCAACAUGCCACGUGCCGACCACCUCCCCUGGCAACAGGUGGUCAUGCAGGAGCAGAGUCCCAGCAACCAGACGUCUCUGACCAUGAUGCAGGAGCCGCAGGAGGUGGUGGAGGAGACGGUCACUAUAGAGGAAGACCCCGGCACACCCACUUCACACGUCUCCGUGGUGACAUCAGAGGAUGGAACCACACGCCGCACAGAGACGAAGGUGACGAAGAUGGUGAAGACUGUAACGACCCGUACCGUGCGUCAGGUGCCUUUGGGUCCAGAUGGACUGCCAAUUGCUGACGGCUCUUCGCCCCUGGGCAGCUACACGGACUCCAUCGACCGUCGCUUCAUGAAGAACGGUGAGCGCUUCGUCACACCUCAAGCCACGUCUACGCUCACACGCUCCUACAACCACAGCAACUAUGGAGACUCGUACUACAGCCCACACGAUGCCUACGGGGACGUCUGCGACAACUACGGUAGCCUCUCACGUGGCCUCAACUACCGGCCCUACCGGCCCUAUGGCUAUCGCAUGGAGAACAGCUACACCUUGCCAAUCCGCAGGGACGAUUACGGCCACAUGGCACAGCCGCAGGUCCCCGUGGGAGGCAGCAGCACAGUGGACCUCAACCGCUCACAGCCGGAACGCUUCCAGCCGGAGCCUUACGGCCUGGAGGACGACCGACGCAGCCUCGUGCCAGACGAUGAAGAGCCGUAUGAACUGGAGCCCGACUAUUCUACUGCCAACCGCCGCACUCUGCCCAGUGCUGCACGUGCCAUCAGAGACCCACUGCGCCCCGGCCCCCACGUCAGAGGCUAUGAUGACCCUAUUGAGUCAGAGCUAAUUGAUGAGCGGCAUCGCUAUGCUCCUGGCAUGUACCCCGCUCCACUUGCACAGCCGGAGCGUGGCAGCACAGCCAGCCUGGACGGCGGCAUCGACGUUGGCUUGCUGCGCCAGGAUCCGCGCUGCUGGCGUGACCCGGACCUCCCCGAGGUCAUCGCUAUGCUGGGCCACCCUCUUGAUCCUGUCAAGGCUAAUGCUGCUGCCUAUCUGCAGCACCUGUGCUACGAAAACGACGUGGUGAAGAAGGCUGUGCGACAGCUCAACGGCAUACCGGCUUUAGUGGCCUUGCUGGAGCACCCCAAGGGUGAAGUGCAGCGCAAGGCAUGUGGAGCUCUGCGCAACCUCUCCUUUGGCAAGGACAAUGAAAACAAGGUGGCUAUCAGGAGCUGUGAUGGCAUCCCUGCUCUCGUUCGCCUGCUCAGGAAGAGCGGUGACGCUGAGGUCCGCGAGCUUGUCACAGGAACUUUGUGGAAUUUGUCCUCGUAUGAGCCGUUGAAGAUGGUGAUAAUAAACCAUGCGCUGCAGACCAUGACUAAUGAGGUGAUCAUCCCUCACUCUGGCUGGGAGGCUGAGCCCAACGAGGACUCGAAACCCAGAGACGCCCAGUGGACCACCAUCUUCAAGAACACAUCCGGAUGCCUGCGGAACGUGAGCUCAGAUGGGGCGGAGGCACGCAGGAGGCUGCGGGAAUGUGAUGGCCUGGUGGAUGCUCUGCUGCAUGCUCUACUGUCAGCUGUGGGGAAGAAGGACAUGGACAACAAGUCUGUGGAGAACUGCGUGUGCAUCAUGAGGAACCUUUCCUACCACGUUCACAAGGAAGUCCCGGGAGCCGAGAAGUACCAGGACCCAUCCUCUCUGCAGGCUCCGGGCUCCACAGGGACUCAUAGGAAGAAGAAGGAUGACGCGGGCUGCUUCGGGGGCAAAAAGGCUAAAGAGGAAUGGUUUAAUCAAGGGAGAAGAAACGGAGACAAUGACAAAAACUACGACACGAUGGACCUCCCAAAGCGCACCGAGCCCACUAAAGGGUUCGAGUUGCUCUACCAGCCUGAGGUGGUGCGUCUCUAUCUGUCCCUGCUGACCGAGAGUCAAAAUUACAACACCUUAGAAGCAGCAGCAGGGGCCUUACAGAACCUCAGUGCAGGACAGUGGACUUGGUCCAACUACAUCCGGGCGACGGUGCGUAAGGAGAAAGGUCUGCCCAUCCUGGUGGAGCUGCUUCGCUCUGACUCAGAUAAGGUGGUGCGCGCCAUUGCCAUCGCUCUGCGUAACCUCUCUAUCGACCGACGCAACAAAGACCUUAUAGGGAGCUACGCGAUGAGGGACCUGGUCAGUAACCUGCCGAGCGGACAGCAGCGUCCAGCUAAGAACCUGGAGGAGGACACGGUGGUGGCGGUGCUCAACACCAUCCAUGAGAUAGUGACAGACAGCUCAGAGAACGCUCGCUCGCUCAUCAUGGCUCAGGCCAUCGAUAAACUGGUGGCCAUCCACAGGACCAGCCAGUCAGCUAGAGAGACCAAGGCUGCUUCUCACAUCCUGCAAACGGUGUGGAGCUACAAAGAGCUGAGGAACACGCUGACCAAGGACGGAUGGAACAAGACUCAUUUUCAGCCCACAGCAGCUGUGGCUUCCAAAGGCUCGAAGAGCAGCAAGUCAGGAUACGAUGACACCACCCUCCCCCUGAUGGAGAAGAACCAAGGCGACAGAGGCUGUGGCACUGGUGCUAUGAUACCUAUGGAUGAACUGGGUCCAGACGGUUAUUCCACUAUUGACCAAAGGGACAAGGACUGCAAAUAUAAAACCAGCGAUGCCUCGUCGGAUCUGACUGAGCGGGAGCCUCUGAAGAAUGACACGAAUAGGAAGCACUAUAUCCGGAGCAACAGGCCGACAGUGAGUCUUGUGGAUGCUUGCGAUGUCAAGCCUCAGCCUGUUGACUCCUGGGUGUAAAUGCAUGCAUGGCUUAGCCAGCGUCAGCGCUACGUCACAACCAGUCAAAGGAUCUCACAAGACACGAGUCACCACACUGCCAUUUAUCUCCACGAUUCACCAACGUGGACUCAUCAGCAAAGAGACACAAACGAAACAAAACUAAAAAAAAAAAAAAAAAAAGUGCAUUCUUUCAUUUGGUGAGAUGAAACGAAAUGAUGAACAGUAUCAGGAACACACACACACACACACACAACCUCUCACACAGGUGCAUUCCCAAAGUGUGACGAGGAUCCGAGCAGCACGACACGGACUCAUGGAUGAGGGAAGGAUGAAGGCUGAUGGUUAAAGGAGGAAGGAUGAGUGCAGCAGGCAAAGUGAACGUGGUUAUGUGGACAUGAAUGUGCAUGGAAAAAAAACAGACUGAAAGUAGAAGGGAAAAUUUAAAAAAAAAGUUUUAGUCUUUAGUUCCUUAUUUUCUUCUGUUUGAAGGGGUUUUUUUUGGAUAUUGAUCUUUUCUUUUUUGAAGUGAUGACGGUGGAUUGAAGGAUGUGUUUGAGGGAAGAAUACAGGUGUGUGUAUUGGUUUGAAAUUGUAAGAUUGUAACCAAACUUAAAAACAAACCCACUAUGUCGUGACAUUCUGCUAAUUUCGUCUGCGAUCCGGUUUCACGCUCCGUUUUUUUGUACUUCAGUGCACAGUGUUGGUGUCGCCUUUGUACUAUAACAUCACCCAGCAGUGUUGAACAGUGAGUGUAUGAUAACAGUGAGUGUAUGAUAACAGCGAGUGUAUGAUAACAGCGAGUGUAUGAUAACAGCGAGUGUAUGAUAACAGCGAGUGUAUGCUGAAAGGAGCGUGUUUACAUCAUCGUCUCCACUAACUAGGAGGCAUCAGUUGUUAGCAGGAUUAGCAUUAGCAUCCCUGCUAACGUAGCAAGCGGUAUGCUGUGCUUCAUUAGGAGAUGAAAAGAGGAGGACGGUGUGAAGGAAAGUUUUUUUUUUUUGAAGCACGCUGUCAGGUUUUAAAGCAUUUUAUAUUUUUGUUGCUGUUGUUAGUGUAAAUAUAAAAAAAAUCAGAGCCAAGAGCAACUCUUUGUACAUUGCUAACACAUCUGUGAGUUUCAAAUCAGGAUGCGCGACAUAAACAUCACCGUCUAAUAUUAAAUCUGUAGUAAAAAAGGAAUUAAAGGUGUGCGUGAGACGACAGGAGGAACGCUCAGAGUUACGCUAGUCAUCUGUGUAGUUUAGGAAAAUGCAAGAAUUCAGGCUUUGAGCUAAAUGUUAUAUAUAUAUAUAAAAAAAAUUAAAUAAAUAAAAAAUCCUGUAUUAUUUGGUGUAAAUCAGUGAGUAAGAGCAGAGCAUUAAGGUUCGGCUCAUGAGCACGACCCCAAGCCCUGAAUCUCAGCUCUGUGAUUGGACUGGAUUGGAUUCUGCCUCACUUGCUGUAAAUGUGAUGUAAAUGUCAGACAUUUCCAUGCUGUAGAGGGAAUACAGAAUGAUGGAUCACUCACAGCUGGGACCAGUGAUUGUUUGUUUAUUUGUUUGUUUGCAUCUGAAUUAUUUCAGAAAAACCUGCUGUGAAGCUGUGAUCUGUAACAUCAGCUGUGAGCGAGCAGCAUGCGUCUGCAGCAUUUCUCCUCCUCCUCCUCGCUCUUCAUCGCUUUUCAUUUUCUCUUUUGUGUUUUCUUUUUUUCUUCUUCUUUUUUUUUUUAAUAGUGUUAUAACCGAGACAUCUAACACCAAUAUCACCUACAAGAAGUGGCUUUGUGUGUUACAUUGAGUUUGUAUUGGGAAGAUGAGUGUGUUCCGUGUCCCCCAUCAUCCAGACUGCCUUUAUUUCCACACCACACAACCAAAGGACUGGUGUAUAGUCUGAUAGUGUAACGGUGGAUCUGGCAACAUGAUUAAGAUUGUAUAUUUACACAAAACAGAGGAAAAAGUGGAAUCCAGACCUACUUUUGUAGAUAUCACUCGAAACACAUACACACACGGUAAAUGUACACCUUGGUAGCAAACGUGUUUGUAACUAUCAUAUGUGCCUUAACCCUUUCUCUGUGUUAGAUCGAGAAUUACUGUGUUUUCUAUUAAGCUCUUUGUUGUUCCUUUUACCCCCGAUCUCCCUCUCUCUCUCUCUCUCUCUCUCUCUCUCCCCCUCCCUCUCUCUGUCUCUCCACUCCAUGUCCUCAGUGUAGUCUCUAGGCUGGUGGUGGGUUUUUUGCCUUGUGUUUUACAUUGUACUCUGUAGACACGUGAAGAGGGCGGGGUCUGUGAUGUACAGAAGAACGUCCUUCGUGCUUUCGUAGUGCUUGAUGCCACGAUGCUCCAGAAUGUAUUCCGUUCAUUUUACUAAUCCCCCUGAUGGGAAACACAGCACUUGUUAGAAUCCAGCGGAGAUUUGUAGGGUAUCACUUUGGUGUGUUUUCAAUAAAUUCAUGCCUGGAAAGA